UUCCAGGGCUCAAUCUCCUAGUACAAUGGCUAUAAAAUGGCAUCGAGAUUGCGACUUCAUUAAGGGCGGGAAACCUGGGGCACCCUUUUAAAUCCUCUGAUUCCUGGGAGAAGAGCGAAACCUUACCACAAAGGAAGUAAACAAAGUACUACGCACAGUUGUCUAUGCGCCCCCUACCCCGGUCCUCACCAGCCAACACCACACCCUUCGUAUGAGAGGGCUGUGACUUUUUAGUUCAUACAGUGAUGCAACCAUAGACCUAAUUACCAAUGGCCAAGGAAAGCGCUCCUCCUCCAGAUCUCCAUGGCAUAAACCUCAUCAGAAACCCGAGCAGAAGAUUUCCCGGUGGAAGAAAACUCGCGCUGAUACUAAGCGCGGUCGUAUUCGUUCUUGUUUCAUCGGCGUACUAUCCUGGGCAGGUUUUCUAUGGCUCUACAGAGCCAACUCAUAAUUCUCAUCAGACGGCCAACGCCGGUCACGAAGACAAUGAACUAGACUGCAAUCUAUUCAAUGGCACAUGGGUCAGGGAUUUGGAACGCCCAACCUACACUAACGUGACAUGCCCAAGCAUGCCAGAUUCAAAGAACUGUGCGAAGUAUGGAAAGCAAAUGGAUUAUGUAAACUGGAGGUGGAAGCCACAGGGCUGUGAUAUGGCAAGGUUUCAACCUCAACUAUUCUUAAAUAUUGUCCGAGGGAAAACAUUGGCUUUCGCCGGGGAUUCAAUUGGACGGAACCAGAUGGAGUCACUCCUCUGUUUAUUGUCUCAGGUAGAAGCUCCAACAAAAGUUCACAGCGACACUAAGGAUAAAUUUGUUACAUGGCACUUCAGAUAUUAUAACUUCACUCUCAUGGCACUGUGGACCAAAUUUCUAGUAGAGGAUUCUCAAAGAGAGAUCAACGGGACAUUAGUUGAAUCGCAUGAUAUGCACUUAGAUAAACUUGAUGCGAGAUUAGCUGCAAACUUGCAUGAGAUCAAUAUCUUAGUUGUAUCUAGUUCACGUUGGUUCUUCAGAAUAAAUUAUCUCUACGAAGAUGGGAAACUCAUCGGUUGCAUAUACUGCUCAGAGGAUAACAUCACAAGCUUCAGCGCCAUUUCAGCUAUUCAGAGGGUGUUUAGGACGGCCAUCAGUAACUUGAAUAGCCGCCGAGAAUCCAGAUUGCAGUUAACAGUGGUAAGGACAGCAACACCGGCACAUUUUGAAAAUGGCCAGUGGAAUACUGGAGGAACAUGCAACAGAACUGAGCCAGUGGGAGAAGGAACAGCAAUAACCAGUACAAUUGAAUGGGAAAUAAGAAAUGUCCAGGUUGAGGAAGCCAACAGAGCACAAAAGGAGAAAAAACAAAAGGGAAGGAUGAAUAUCGAGAUCCUAGAUAUAACCAAACUUAUGUCUAUGAGGCCCGAUGCACACCCAGGUAUCCAUUGGAAUAACGAGUGGAUGAGGGGUUACAGUGACUGUUCGCAUUGGUGCCUGCCAGGACCAAUUGAUAUAUGGAAUGAGCUAUUACUUGCUGUGCUUAACAAAUAUAGGAAAAACAUGGAAGACCAAUGAUGCAAGGACUUCCGCUAAUCCAUAAGAUCCCAGAGAGUCUCUCUUUUCCUUCUUUUUACUAUACCAAAGUCAAACCUCAUUUCUCUGUUUUUUGCAUCAGUUUCUAUUAGAUUCAGAAAGAUGAUAUAUGUGUACGGUAAUGACCUGUACACAUGAUCAGUAGAUCGUGUGUGGAAAGUUUACGAACGACAGAACCAGAAAAUCUACCUACUCCAAGGCACAUUAGAUUAAUUAAUUUCUUCAUC